CCCAUCGUUUUCUUAACAGCCGGCCGAUCGUCGGAGCGACCGACCGAUUGAUCGCUCGCCUACCCUCGUUCGACCUCGUCGCCGUCGGCGAGCGGCCUCCGACCCUCGCCCAGUGCAUGUGCGCGCGUGUGUGCGCGCGUGUGUGGUGCAGCGGCGACGGCGCUGAGCUACUCGAUAGGCAGUGCACCCUCAACGCAAGAGAGAUAGACGGCCCGAGGAGGUGGCAGAUGUCAAUGGACGGUCGUUCGCCAGCAGGGCAGAGGCUCGAACGCAUGUAGGAACAUGGCCUCAUCCAGCCCCUGCCUCCCGCUAGAGGUUGGUAGCGCAAGAGGCGGCGGCUCAAAGGGACUCCGGGUACACGAGUCAGUACAGGAGAAGGAAGAGGUGGACCGGGCAAAGUGGUCUCGGUGACUGGGCUGGCGCUGGAGGGGAGGUAUUAGGUAUAGAGGGGAUGGCACCAGGUCGAGAUCAGGGCGGAGGGACAGGGGAUGGAGGUGGAAAGGGCCCCUCCUCCCUGUUCAUACUGAGCGAGGAUAACUGCAUUCGGAAGCACACGCGUUUUAUUAUCGAGUGGCCACCCUUCGAGUACGCCGUCCUCCUGACCAUCAUCGCCAACUGCGUUGUACUUGCACUGGAGGAACAUCUACCAUGCCAAGACAAGACGACCCUCGCCAAGAAGCUCGAGACAACCGAGAUCUACUUCCUCGGCAUAUUCUGCGUCGAGGCGAGCCUCAAAAUCUUGGCUCUCGGCUUCGUCCUCCAUCGCGGCUCCUACCUUCGCAACAUCUGGAAUAUCAUGGAUUUCUUCGUCGUUGUCACAGGGUUCAUCACGGCGUUCCCACAAGGCAUAAAUCUGGAUAUGGAUCUACGCACGUUGCGCGCAAUACGUGUGUUACGACCGCUCAAACUAGUCUCCGGCAUACCAAGUCUCCAAGUGGUGCUCAAGUCCAUCAUCAAGGCGAUGGCUCCGCUUUUGCAGAUCGGAUUACUCGUCUUAUUUGCCAUCGUUAUAUUCGCUAUCAUUGGCCUCGAGUUUUAUUCGGGGACCUUGCACAAGACGUGUUACAGCAUCGAAAAUGCCGAUCUCAUCGUGAAGGACGGCGAACAGCCAAAUCCGUGCAACACGGACAACGAAUCCGAAGCUCCGGCGGGCGCCCACGUAUGCAACGCUAAUACCUCGAAGUGUUCCGAUCGCUGGGAGGGACCAAACAGUGGCAUCACCAGUUUCGACAAUAUUGGCUUCGCCAUGCUCACCGUCUUCCAGUGCAUCACCAUGGAGGGCUGGACUGCCAUAUUGUACUGGACAAAUGACGCUCUUGGUAGUACGUUCAACUGGAUUUACUUUAUACCACUGAUAGUCAUCGGGUCUUUCUUCAUGCUGAAUUUAGUUCUCGGUGUGUUAAGCGGAGAAUUUGCGAAGGAGAGAGAGAAGGUGGAAAAUCGACAAACCUUUCUCAAAAUGCGAAGACAUCAGCAGCUUGAGCGGGAGCUAAAUGGCUACGUCGAAUGGAUCUGUAAAGCAGAGGAAGUCAUACUUGCGGAGGAGCGGACGACAGAGGAAGAAAAAAUGCACAUUAUGGAAGCGCGAAGAAAAGCCGAGGCUGCAAAGAGAAAAAAGCUGAAAAAUUUAGGCACGAGCAAAAGCACCGAUACAGAGGAAGACGAAGGCGAGGAUGACCAAGAAGAUGGAUUCUCGAGAGCCUCUUAUCUUAAGUCAAAAGUGAAGAACCAAGGCUCGUGCGCUGAAUUUUGGCGAAACGAGAAGAGAUUUCGAUUUUGGAUACGACACACGGUGAAGACACAGUGGUUUUACUGGUUUGUCAUCGUCCUCGUAUUCUUCAAUACCGUGUGCGUGGCUGUCGAGCAUUACGGCCAGCCCGAAUGGCUUACAGAAUUUCUUUUUUACACCGAGUUUGUGUUUCUGGGCCUCUUCAUGUGCGAGAUGGUAAUAAAGAUGUAUGCCCUUGGUCCACGUAUAUACUUCGAGUCGAGCUUCAACCGCUUCGACUGCGUGGUGAUUUCGGGCUCGAUUUUCGAGGUGAUCUGGUCGGCAGUGAAAUCCGGCUCCUUUGGUCUCUCCGUUCUCCGUGCCCUUCGACUUUUGAGGAUUUUCAAAGUCACCAAAUAUUGGUCGAGUUUGAGGAAUCUCGUGAUUUCUCUCCUCAAUUCAAUGCGCAGCAUCAUUUCGCUCCUCUUCCUGCUCUUCCUCUUUAUUCUCAUAUUCGCUCUACUUGGCAUGCAGCUCUUCGGUGGUCAGUUCAACUUCGAAAGUGGCACGCCACCCACGAACUUCAACACCUUUCCCAUCGCACUUCUCACUGUCUUCCAAAUAUUGACUGGUGAAGAUUGGAACGAAGUUAUGUAUCAAGGUAUCCAGUCACAAGGUGGUCACAAAAAGGGCAUGAUUUAUUCGCUUUACUUCAUCGUCCUGGUGCUCUUCGGUAACUACACAUUGCUGAAUGUUUUCUUGGCUAUCGCCGUCGAUAAUUUGGCGAACGCGCAAGAACUUACAGCAGCCGAAGAGGAACAGGAAGAAGAAGAUAAGGAGAAACAAAUACAAGAGCUUGAGAAGGAAAUGGAGUCCUUACAAAAGCCUAACGAUGGUAGCGCACCUAAAGUGGAAAUUAGUCCUCCAAGUCCAACGGCAAAUUUCAAAGGCGGAAAAGGCGGUAAGCAGGCGUCUGAAGAGAAAAAACAAGACGACGAAGAUGAUUCGGGACCAAAACCAAUGCUGCCAUACUCGUCGAUGUUUAUAUUGUCCCCUACUAAUCCUGUGCGGAGAGGCGCUCAUUGGGUCGUCAAUCUACGAUAUUUUGAUUUCUUCAUUAUGGUCGUCAUAUCGUUAUCCAGCAUAGCGCUCGCAGCCGAAGAUCCCGUAAAUGACUCGAAUCCCCGGAACACUAUAUUGAAUUACUUUGACUAUGCAUUUACGGGAGUCUUCACCAUCGAGAUGAUCCUGAAGAUAAUCGAUCUUGGCGUGAUUCUCCAUCCAGGCUCGUAUUUGCGCGAGUUUUGGAACUUUAUGGACGCUAUUGUUGUUGUAUGUGCCGCGGUCUCGUUCGCCUUUGACAUGACAAGUGGCGAUGGUGGCGGUUCCGCGAGCAAAAACCUUUCGACUAUUAAAUCGCUCCGUGUGCUUCGAGUGCUCAGACCCCUCAAGACUAUCAAGCGAGUCCCAAAACUUAAAGCGGUAUUCGAUUGUGUGGUGAACAGUUUGAAAAACGUCAUCAAUAUUCUCAUAGUAUAUAUAUUGUUUCAAUUUAUAUUCGCUGUUAUUGCGGUGCAGCUGUUUAAUGGGAAAUUCUUCUACUGUACGGACGACAGCAAGUACACGAAGGAGGACUGCCAGGGCUGGUUUUUCGUUUUCGAAGAGAACGAACUACAUCCGGAAGCUAAAGAACGAAAAUGGGAAUCGCAGUCCUUUCAUUACGAUAACGUCAUGGUGGCGAUGUUAACGUUAUUCGCUGUACAGACAGGUGAGGGGUGGCCACAAAUCCUGCAGAACUCCAUGGCUGCCACUUACGAGAAUAAGGGCCCCAUACAAAAUUUUCGCAUCGAAAUGUCCAUAUUCUACAUAGUAUACUUCAUUGUCUUUCCAUUUUUCUUCGUCAACAUCUUCGUGGCCUUGAUCAUCAUCACUUUCCAGGAGCAAGGUGAAGCCGAGCUACAGGACGGAGAAAUUGAUAAAAAUCAGAAAUCUUGUAUAGACUUUACGAUACAGGCUCGACCACUCGAAAGGUACAUGCCGAAAGAACGAAAUAGCAUGAAAUACAAGAUCUGGAGGAUAGUGAUGUCAACGCCCUUCGAGUAUUUCAUCAUGAUUCUUAUCGUUCUUAAUACACUUUUACUUAUGAUGAAGUACCACCGGCAGAGCGACCUGUACAAGAACACACUGAAGUACAUGAACAUGUGCUUUACGGGGAUGUUCACCGUCGAGUGCAUUAUGAAGAUCGCCGCGUUCGGCGUCAGGAACUUCUUCAAGGAUCCCUGGAAUACAUUUGAUUUUAUCACGGUCAUCGGUAGCAUCGUGGACGCGCUAGUCAUCGAAUUCGGGGAGAAUUUCAUCAACGUCGGCUUCCUCAGACUCUUUCGUGCCGCCAGGCUUAUCAAGCUCCUCAGACAGGGUUAUACCAUACGGAUCUUACUUUGGACUUUUGUCCAGUCAUUCAAGGCUCUGCCAUACGUAUGCUUACUUAUAGCAAUGCUCUUCUUCAUUUAUGCGAUCAUCGGCAUGCAGGUGUUCGGUAACAUCGCCUUGGUGGAGAAAAACUCGAUCAACAAGCACAAUAAUUUUCAGAGUUUCAUUCAAGGUCUGAUGUUACUAUUUCGAUGCGCGACGGGUGAAGCCUGGCCCAACAUUAUGCUGGCCUGUAUAGCCGAUCAGCCAUGCGAUCCUCGCUCGAAGGAAUCGGGCGACAAGUGUGGCUCCAACCUCGCCUACGCCUACUUCGUCAGCUUCAUAUUCUUCUGCUCGUUCCUCAUGCUUAAUCUCUUCGUCGCCGUCAUCAUGGACAAUUUCGAUUAUUUGACGCGGGACUCGUCGAUCCUCGGCGCCCAUCAUCUCGACGAGUUCGUUAGGAUCUGGGCUGAGUACGAUCCGAACGCCACCGGUAAGAUACACUACACCGAGAUGUAUGAUAUGCUGAAGAAUAUGGAUCCACCUCUGGGCUUCGGCAAUAAGUGCCCCAACAGAUUAGCUUACAAAAAGCUCAUUAGAAUGAAUAUGCCGGUGGACGUGGACGGCAAGGUCAACUUUACCACAACGCUCUUCGCCCUCAUACGCGAAAAUCUCAGCAUUAAGAUGAGAAAUGCUGAGGAAAUGGACCAAGCAGAUGAAGAGUUAAGAGACACAAUUAGAAAUAUUUGGCCUUUACAGGCUAGAAAAAUGUUAGAUCUCUUAGUACCUCGAACGGAAGAUGUUAAAAAAGGAAAGCUCACUGUGGGUAAGAUUUACGCUGGUCUCCUAAUACUUGAAAGUUGGAAAACUACAAGAUUUAGUCAAAAGGAGCAUCCGACGAUCUUCGACACGGUACUGGAUGCUGCAGGGGCUAACCAUGCGAGCGGAAACAACCAUCAUGCCGCGGGCAGCAGGACGAAUAGCCUGGAGCCGACCUAUGACGGCAAAGAUCAUCAUCACUCUCACUCGCACAGGGGCUCGAGGGUCGACGACGAAGAAGGGACGCUUGGAAUUUUCGCAGUCGCCGAGCAACGACGCCAGCGUAGCUUGAGGAACAAAAAGAUGGAUCUACAAGACGUCGUUAUUAACGACUCGCGAGCCGGUAGUCUUGAGAGUCUCACUCAUCCGGCGGAAAGGCUUCAUCCUCAUCACACAGCAACCCAUCCAGCGAGGAAUUCUAGAUCUCCAAGCUUAAGAUCACCAUCACCGCGACAACACAGGUAUGAUCAUCGCGGCAAUAAUUACCAUGACGGACUUGGCUUCAGUGACACGGUAAACAACGUCGUCGAGAUCCAGAGGAAUACUCAUCAACCGCACUCACAGUAUAUGUAUACACGAAGAUUCAGAGACUAUUACGACCACUGCGACUAUUACGAUAAUGGUCCCUGGAGCGCCUCGACGUCGCCGGCCCGCUCCCCGAGUCCCGUCCACCGGCUGAACCACGCGGAGCACCACAACCACCACCACCAGCACCACCAGCACCACCACCACCGUUACGGCACGACCUCCCUGGAGCAGCGCUCGCGCUCGCCCUCGCCGAUGACCCUCUGCCGGGGAAUGGGCGGGAGCGGCCUCGGUCCCGGGGGCCACCACCAUUACCAGCAGCAGCUCUACCAGCACAGCUACCCGGUGCUGGUGACGCGCCGCACGGGCCACGGGAGGCGGCUCCCGCCCACGCCCAACAAGCCGUCGACCCUGCAGCUCAAGGCGCCGGUCAACAUCAACUUCCCCAAGCUGAGCUCGUCGCCGACGCACGGGCCAUUGGCGGUGCAGGCGGCGCAAGCCGCGGGACAGGUGGUGCAGCACGGCGCCUGUGGCCAGGGCUCGCGUCUUGGGCAUUCGGCCAACGGGCCCGCGUACCGAGGCCCCUUGAGGGCGGUCGCGUACGCGGGGACUGGUCCGCUCACUUUUGAGCAGGCCGUUCUGUUGGGGCGGGGGGGCAGGCUCCUGCCGAGCACCGUGCCCAACGGCUUCAAGCCCCAGUUACAGAUAAAACAGCGAGUGUUGUGCUCCAGGCAUUCGGACAGUGAUGAUGAUGAUUGGUGCUAGCCCAGGUUGCGCCCGGAACCAUACUGCCAUCCGAGAGCGCCUAGCACCACCAAGUCCUUUUUCAUAUCCACAGCUUCAUUGUAAGAACGCCGCGCGAAACAUCUAAGCACACAAACACUUAUACACGAGCGAGCAGACUACCGCACGCGGAGACAUACAGAUUUACAUUCGCCUACACGAUUGUUACGCCGGUGUUUAAGCGAUGCGUGAUUAAUGGCGUUCGCGCAAGCGGCGUUCCGUUGCGAGAGGAUCGAAGACGAGAGCGACUGUAUAACCGAUCUUUGAUCCUCCGAGACGAUAUGUCGAUAAAAGGACAGAAAAGCAAGGCCGUUCGGCGUUGCGCACGAGCAUUAGCGUGUGGUUCGGAUAAUAAAAACCGAAUUGAAUAAACCUAUGAAUUCUUUUUUCCGUGUAACGGAGUGGCGGUAGCUAAUUAUCCUAGAUAAAUAAUGUCACGGGCACGACCAGAUGUAUAUACACAUCCAGAAAAAUUUUUUUAUCCAUGGUAUAAAAAAGAAAAAAGGUAACAAAAAUCGUUAUUAUGAUAUGGACAUAUUAUUUAUUAUUGUAACGGUGGCGCAUAAGCUCUUAACAUUAUGUCUUAAGACACAGACGAAAUUUUUAAUAUUGUUACCAUUUUCGCUGAUCUAUAAAUACACGCACGUAAUGAAGACGCGUUAACACGUACAUUACCCUUAAAUUUACAUACUCGGACUCAAUAUCACUACUCCCUUUUUAUACCAAUAAAGAUAAUAGUGAGGAAAACACGUGUAACUCAUUGCUGAAGAAAGUAAAAAAUGUCGAGGAUGCUUAUCCGGUUAGCUUUUUAGAAGUCUAAUACGACUGCAAGUUUAGCGUUGCAUUUCUCACGUUCCUUCCGAACUGCCAAAAUUAUCAAGCGUAUAAGCAGCGAGUCAAAGAUUAACGUAAGCGAUACUAUAUAUGAAUGGGUCUACCGCAAGAAUAAAUGAAAAUUGAAAGACUAUCAUCAUAUAAAAGAGCAUAAGGUAGUGCAACGGAUCGAACAUUUGAAAGAUCAUUUGGACUGAUAUAUUAUCAAACAAAACGAAGAAAAAAAAUGAAAAGAAAAUAUUUAAAA